AUGAAUUCUCCAUUUUCCGGUCUCUAUAGGGCCGCGUCCGCCUUCUCGCGGUCAUCACGGCUUCUGCGGAAUACACCUCGAUCUUCACCCAUUCCCGACUCAGUAUGCGCGAAAUGUCGCAGACAGCAGAUACGCUUCAAUAGCGGCCGACAACUAGCAGACGACCCCCAAUGGGUUUCACCCAUCGACCAGCCCGCGCAGAUUGUGCGCGUAGGGAAAAGGCAUGGACCCGGCUUGAUCAUUCUGGCACUGAUCCCGGUUACUGCAUUCAUCUUGGGCACCUGGCAAGUGCAGCGUCUGGACUGGAAGACCAAAUUGAUCGCAAAACUCGAGGAUCGGCUUGUGCGCCCUCCCCUUCCGCUCCCUCCCAAAAUCGAUCCGGACGUAAUAUCGGAAUUUGACUACCGUCGUGUUUACGCCAAAGGCCAUUUCCGGCAUGAUCAGGAGAUGCUUAUCGGCCCGCGCAUGCACGAGGGCGAGGAAGGGUUCAUGGUGAUCACACCACUGGAGAGAGGUCAAGGGGAAAGUACGGUGCUUGUCAACAGAGGCUGGAUCUCUAGGAAGCUACAGGACCAAAAGGACAGACCUCUUGGCGUGCCAAAGGGUGAGGUCGUCGUCGAGGGCUUGUUGCGGGAACCGAUGAAGAAGAAUAUGUUCACUCCAGAAAACAAGCCCGAAGAAGGAAAAUUCUACUUCCCAGAUGUGAACCAGAUGGCAGAACUAACUGGGAGCCAACCCGUCUUGAUUGAAGAGACAAUGGGUGGGUCUUCUUGA